AACAAAGGUGAGACAAAAACAAGAGUUUUUCUGAAAGAGCUUAUUUGAUUUCAGAAGAUGAAUACUACACUGCCAGUUAAGAGGCAAUUUGAUGAUAACAAUUCCUUGAAAAUCUCCAAUAAGAAAUCAAAGACAUCGUUGAACAUAAAUAAAAAGCCAGGAAAAUCAGCUGAUAAUUCAUUUUCCAUGCUGAGGAAAGAACUUGCAUCGUUAAAAAAAUCAUUCGCGGAAUGCAACGGACAACAAGUAGAAGAGAGGCGAUUGCGGUCUAUAAAGAGAGAUAUUGAGAAGUGCUGCGAAGAGCUAGAAAAUAUGGAGACCCAAGUUAAGGAAUUUGAGACUGAAAAGAAUAUACUUGAUGGUCAAGUAAAUGAGUUUGAAUCUAAAAAGGGUGAAUUGGAAGGCCUAUUGAGGGACUUUGAAUCAGAAAAAACGAAUUUCGAGAGACGACAAAAGGAGUUUGAAUCAAAAGAAAAGGAAUUCGAAAUAAGAGUGAUGGAGUUCCAAUCAAAAGAAGAGGAAUUUAAAGUUCAAGUGAAAGUACUUUUUGAAGCAAAGGAAGAGAAAUUCGAAGUAAAAAUGCAGCAAUUUGAAAAUCAAGUUGAGGACAAUCUCAAAUCUGUCAAAGCACUCGAAUUAAAAGAGAAUCAGAUUGAAGUACAAAUCAAGGAUCUUAAGUCAAAGCUGAAUAAUUUUGGUGGACAACCAAAGGAGCUUGAGUUGACAGAGAAACAACAUGAUGAAGAAAAAGAAUUUGAUACAUCUUACAUGGAUGAUGAUGGAGCAAGUGAGGAAAUUGACAUUCUUGAUAAUUUGCGAGAAUCAUCAGAUCCAGCAAAAAUUGUUUUGGAUAUAAUACUGAACCCCAUUAUCCCACUUCCUAAGAAAGGAGACAAAGCUGUGAUUAUUGAUGAUGAAAGCCGCAUCUAUCUGCUAGAAAAACUGAUGACAAUCUCACCAAAUAUUAAACCUUGUGUAAGAGAUGAAGCAUUGAAGCUAGCGCGUGAGUUGAAAGCUAACAUGAAAGAAAAUACUGAAAAUUAUUUGGAGGUUCUCGGAUUUCUAUUGAUUUUGUCGAUUUAUGGAUUGCAUACUUAUUUUGAUGAAGAUGAAGUCUAAAAGCUUUUUGGAUCUGUUGCUGGAUACAAGAUGGCUGAAGAACUGUUUGAGACCCUCCAUAUUGGUUUUGCUAAUUAAA